AUGUUCUUAUAUUAAUCUCCAUGCUCUAAUAAUACAAGGGUAAAUGCAAUUUAAUAUCCAAACCUUUCAUUUUGAAACAAUAUAAUAUCCAAACCUUUUCGAAAACAAUCUAAUAUCCAAAUAGUCAACUUUCCGUUCGUUUGACCGUUAGUUGACACUUCAAAAAAGUUCAAAGUACGACGCUUCAUCAAUAUCCAUCGAUAUCUUCUCUGAAAAACCACCAACAUAUCGUGGUUCCAAACCCGAGAAGUCCAUGACUCCACCAUGAUGGUAUAGAAUAUCUAAAUAUUCAGUCAUCUGCAAUGCCAAAACAAGAAAACAAAGUUGUAUUGUGACAAUUUCCCUUAAACAAAACUUUUUUGAAGUGUCAACCAACGGUCAAACGGACGAAAAGUUGACGAUUUGGAUAUUAGAUUGUUUUCGAAAAGAUUUGGCGAUUAUAUUGUUUAAAAUGAAAGAUUUGGAUAUUAAAUUGUAUUUACCCAUAAUACAAUGAUGCACAAUCCGGUUUAUCUUAAUAUUUUUUUUUAAUAUUUCGUAUGACACGAAGUACACCCUAACAUUCAUUCGGAAUCAAAGGAGUGUAGGCAAUACUCGUAAAGUAGGGAUUGCAAUUUCGAUCCGACCCACUUUAUCCGACCUGUUUUCCUUGUUUUGGAGUGUCGUUGAAUCGACGAGAAAAGAAUUGGUGCUCUCUCGACUCAGAUUCGUCCCAUUCUCGAUCAUAUGACUCAAUAUGACUCAAUCUAGACAACUACAAGUAACGAGAUACCGUCACGACGUGCCCAUUGCCAUUCCUACCAUAACCUCAGUUAUGGAAGAGAGCCAAUCACUUAAGACGUUGCUUUUACAGACCAACUAAGCAAAAAAAGACGGAGGGCCCCACAUCUCCCUUAGCUUCAACCAAGUUGUAAGUUCAGCCCAUCUGUCACCAAUCACCAUCCGCUAGUUGCAACCAACUAUAUUAUUUGCGGCUUCCUACAUUGAAGUCUUCUUCGACGUUUUUUUAAUUUUUUUCUCUGUUCGUGACGGGAACAAAUCUCAACGUUUGACUCACAGGUACGUUUAUUUCUAAAUUAAUUUAGAACCAGAUAAUAAGUACAAAAUUUGUAAAUCUUUUUCCUCCUUAAUACAAUACUUUUUUCCUCUUCUUCGAGGAUAUUAAAAAAAAAAAAGAAGUUAAAUCCCAUUCGAUUCUGCAGAUUUUAUGUUCAACUAAAACAGCGCUGGAGCCGUUGACUCAUCUUAAAAAGGCCCAGCACACAGUCGUCUCUUCAAACAUUUCCCGGCAGACGAAGGAAGUGAAACGGAGGAGAAGGAGAAAUCAUAUCAAAGAAAUCUGCUGAGAAAUGGCGGGUGGAGGACCUGCGGCCGACAAUGGCGUCCUGAAACGCGCCCAUCUCUACGAGUACAACAUCACCGGCUACUUCAUCUUCGCCUGCGUCGUCGGGGCCAUCGGCGGCUCUCUCUUCGGCGUCGAUCUCGGGGUUUCCGGUGGGGUGACUUCCAUGGACGACUUCUUGAAGGAAUUCUUCCCGGCGGUUUACAGAAGAAAGCAAGCCCAUCUUCACGAGACCGAUUACUGUAAAUACGACAACCAGAUCCUGACCUUAUUCACUUCCUCUCUCUACUUCGCCGCCCUCGUCUCCACUUUCGGCGCCUCCGUCAUCACCAGAAAGAAGGGCAGACGAAUCAGCAUCAUCUGCGGAUCAAUCAGCUUCUUCCUCGGCGCCGUCAUUAACGCCGCCGCCGUCAACAUCCUCAUGCUCAUCAUCGGCCGCGUCCUCCUCGGCGUCGGGAUCGGAUUCAGCAACCAGGCGGUGCCGCUGUAUUUAUCGGAAAUGGCGCCGGCGAAAAUCAGGGGAGCGGUGAACCAACUGUUCCAGCUGACGACCUGCCUCGGAAUCCUGAUCGCGAAUCUGAUCAACUACGGGACGGAGAAGAUCCACCCAUGGGGAUGGCGGAUCUCUCUGGGAUCCGCCGCCGUGCCGGCGGUGCUGAUGUUCAUCGGCGGGGUGUUCAUGCCGGAAUCCCCAAACAGUCUUGUGGAGCAGGGGAGGGAGAAGGAAGCCAGAGAGGUACUCGAGCGAGUGCGAGGUACCAAGAACAUCGAAGCGGAGUUUCUCGACAUGAAGGAAGCGAGCGAGGAAGCUCGAUCGGUGAAGAACCCAUUCCGCAACCUCCUGAAGAGGAAGAACAGGCCGCAGCUCGUGAUCGGAGCGAUCGGGAUCCCAAUGUUCCAGCAGCUCACGGGGAACAACUCGAUCCUGUUUUACGCCCCUGUCUUCUUCCAGACAAUGGGGUUCGGGUCCGGUUCCUCGAUCCUGUCCUCACUCAUUACCAACGCGGGGCUGGUCGUCGGAGCGCUCAUGUCGAUGGCGGUGGUGGACAAGCUCGGGAGGAGGUUCCUCUUCAUCGAGGCCGGGAUCGAGAUGUUCUGCUACAUGGUGAUGGUGGGAGUUACCUUGGGGUACAAGUUUGGAGAUGGCGUGGCUCUCACGAAAGGUUACUCGGUAAUGCUGGUCAUCGUGAUCUGCCUGUUCGUGACGGCGUUCGGGCGGUCGUGGGGGCCGCUCGGGUGGCUCGUGCCGAGCGAGCUGUUUCCAUUGGAGACUAGAUCGGCCGGGCAGAGCGUGGUGGUCUGCGUGAACAUGAUCUUCACCGCGCUGAUUGCUCAGUGCUUUCUGGUGGCGCUCUGCCAUCUCCGGUACGGGAUCUUCUUGCUGUUUGCUGGGCUCAUCUUGGUGAUGACGGUGUUCAUUGUGCUGCUGCUGCCGGAGACGAAGAGGGUUCCGAUUGAGGAGGUUUACCUCCUGUUUGAGAAUCAUUGGUUCUGGAAGAGGAUUGUAGGUACCCGCCAGCCGCCGGAGAAGGAAAUGGGAGAAAAGGAUGCAACGGAAAUACGAGAAAAGGAGGCAAAUUUACAGGCAUAGUUUGUCAAAGUUAGGAGGAGGGUGGAGGGAUACUGAUUACUUUCUGCCGUUCUUCCACUGUUAUUGUUAGUGUCUAAAAGUGAAUGUAAAGCAAUAAUUUGCUGUUCUAUGG